GAUCGCGUCCUCUUCAAACGGACGUACACGGGUUGCCGUAAAGUCGCGUCGCUGCUCUACGAUAACGACCGGGAACGUCACUAUUUACUCCUAGUACUAGUUAUAGCACGAAGCCGGUAUCCGUGGGUAACGAAUACGCCGUCGGCAAUCAUUUAGACGCGUCGCGACGCAUGCGUGCCCGAUUAAGUGAAAGGUGAAGCUACGCGUGUGCGUGUCAUAAAAACAAAUUAAUUAAAAAAAUAUAUAUAUAAAUUUAUAAUAUAUCAUUAAAAGAUAUAGCAACGUCGAUAUUUUAGGUUUGUUUUUUUUUCUUUGGUCUGUUACUUUUAUUUGUGACGAAGAGUUCAUAACGUGAUUUUUAUUUAUGAUGAAUUGGGGAUGAAUUUGUAAGUGAAGAAAUUUAAUUGUCUGAGGGAGAACGCGCACUCAAAUUGACGCCUUCAUGAUACUAGACAAGAUGUCAUACCGAAGUGUCUCAUCCCUUCCGUCUGGAGACUACAACGUAUCAUGGGAACGCCUAACGGCGGCAAGUGGACACGGAAGUUUGGCUUUAAGCGGUAGUUCACCAGGAUACGGAGCCGGAGGCUCCGGAGCGCACCAUAGGAGCUCCGGGAGCCUGCACCACUCCUCAGCGAUGCAACACCAGCUGCCUCAACCGGAUUUUCAGCCGCCGUAUUUUCCGCCCCCGUUUCAUCAUCCACCAAGUCCACCGCCUCAACAACACCUUGAGUACCUUAAUGAUCCUUAUGGUGGUUUAUCAGGGCUUCAUCAUUAUAGUCAAUUGGGGUUGAGACCUAGAGAAGGAGAUCCAAAUCAUAGCCACGUAGGACAAUUAAGUCAUGGGGCGAGUUUUCCAUAUAGCGGAGGACCAGGUAGUAGACCAGAGUAUGGUGUUACAAGUGGACAAAGACCCCAUGAAGAUCCACUUUCACUUCAUCAAGCUUUGGGACAAGCAGUGGAAGAAGCUCAAGGUGGAAUCGAUGAUAAUACUGGAUUUAUUGCUGAUUUACCAUUGCUCAAAAGUAUGAAAGGUGGUAAAGACCAUGGAGGCGGCUCAGUGGUAUCUCCAAGUGAUGUCUUCUGUUCAGUUCCGGGAAGAUUAUCUCUCUUAUCCUCGACCUCAAAGUACAAAGUGACAGUCGGAGAAGUGCAAAGACGUUUAUCGCCACCCGAGUGUCUAAACGCCUCUCUUCUCGGCGGAGUUCUUCGACGGGCAAAAAGCAAAAACGGCGGAAGAAUUCUUCGUGAAAAACUCGAGAAGAUCGGUCUUAACCUACCGGCAGGAAGACGAAAAGCCGCUAACGUAACGUUGUUAACUUCUUUGGUAGAAGGAGAAGCUAUACAUUUGGCAAGAGAUUUUGGUUACGUUUGUGAAACGGAAUUUCCGGCACGACAAGUUGCAGAGUAUCUUCUUCGACAGCAUGGGGAAUCGAUGCGGAGGAAAGAACUUUUACAAGCGACUAAACAAGUAACCAAGGAACUAAUGGAUCUGUUAAAUCAAGAUCGAUCGCCUUUGUGUAAUACGAGGCCUCAACUUUUAUUAGAUCCAUCAAUACAGCGUCAUUUAACGCAUUUCUCGUUAAUUAGUCACGGUUUUGGAAGUCCGGCCAUCGUGGCCGCUUUAACGGCGAUUCAAAAUUUUCUCAGUGAAUCGUUAAAAUAUUUGGACAAAUUGUAUCCGAAUCAGAACGCGCAAGGACAACAGAUGUUAGUGACGUCUUCAUUAGAUAAAGCAAAACUGGACGAUAAAAAGUGACACGUCAUACGGACAAGUGCCGCUUAUUACAUUCAGUAUUCUUCUACCACGGUGAAGUUGUGUAUUUUGUUGUUGUGAUCCUGAUGAUUUUGAGAUAUUUCGAGAGAGAGACACAUUUCACGAUCCGUUUGUUUAUUUUUUUUUUUAAUUUUUGCUCUCCGAAGGGUGUAAUUUAUUUCAUGUGCCGUUCGAUAUGUUUGUUUUUGUUUUCCUCCCUAUGUCCUCUCCAAACCCCCCACGUUAAUUAAUUUAGUUUAGAGUUAAUGAACUGUUCGUUGUUCGAGGGUGCAAUUGGAAAAAAAAUAAAAAAUAAUCGAAAAGAAAGAAAGAAGGAAGAUAUCUUCGGGCGACAUAUUUAAAAAAAUUCUGUGUGCCGAACCAGAUGUAUAGGAAAAUAUUCCGUGCAGUGCCAACAACAUUAGUUCUUUAUUAUUUUUUGUAUUAAUAAAAGAAAACAAUAUUAUUUAAUUGUUUUUAAUAAAUAUUUUAUUA